AUGCCGUCGCAAUUAAAAUCCCAUUCGUCCGUGUUAUCACCGCUGAUUGACUCCCCGUCUCUCCCUCACCCACCGUGGCCCUCCUCUCCCCGCCUCCUUUCCCCUCCCUCCCUCUCUCUCCCACACGCAUGCAUACAAACCGACAGGCUACGCGACCCCCCUCCCCUCCCCCCUUCCAUCAUUUUCCCAUCUCUUACUCACUCUCUUCCCUACAACAAACAUGGCCGCGAAAUCUGAUGGUGCACCCGUCUCUCUACGAAACGAAAUCCCACCCGAGUGUCCUUCCAGGUCGGACCCGCGGCCUCCCCAGCGCCGUCCCGUCGAGCAGCGCUACUCCCUGCCGGACUGCUGCUGGACGCUGUGCGCCCUUUUGGUCUUCUUCUCGGACGGGGCCUCAGACCUGUGGCUGGCCGCGGACUACUACCUAAGGAGGUACUACUGGUGCUUUGCACUGACUCUGGUCUUUGUGAUAGUCCCGUCCGUGGUCGUGCAGGCGCUGAGCUUCCGAUGGUUCGCCUACGAUUUCUCGGAAACCGUCGAGAGCGGCACGGCUGCGGCCGCCGUGGUGGCGGCGUCGGGAGCGGAGGAGCGCGACUUCAGCACCAAGGACAGCGGCGAGCGGGGCGCUGGCCGCUCUGCCGCGGCCGGGGUGCUGCCGGGGCCGGGCACCGGGGGAGGAGCCCGGGGCUGCUGCAGAGCCUUCAUGUGGCUCUUCCAGGCCAUCGUUCACAUUUUCCAGCUGGCACAGGUCUGGAGGUAUGUCCACGCCCUCUAUUUGGGCGUGCAGAGCCGCUGGCACAGGGACCCCGAGCGCCGUCACUACUACUGGCGCAUGAUGUUUGAGAGCGCGGAUAUCAGCAUGCUGCGUCUGCUCGAGUCCUUCCUGAAGAGCGCCCCUCAGCUGGUGCUGCAGCUCAGCAUCAUGAUCCAGACCAGUCAGGUCCUGCCCCUUCAGGGGCUUUCAGCUUCUGCCUCGCUGAUAUCCCUCGCCUGGAUGGUCGCCUCCUAUCAGAAAGUCCUGAGAGACUCCCGAGACGAUAAGCUACCCAUGACCUACAAGGCCGUCAUAGUUCAGAUUCUGUGGCACCUGUUCACCAUCGGGGCCCGCACUCUGGCCUUCGCCCUCUUCGCCUCCGUGUUCCAGCUUUACUUUGGCAUCUUCAUCGUGGCCCACUGGUGCAUCAUGACGUUUUGGAUAAUUCAAGGCGAAACGGACUUCUGCAUGUCCAAAUGGGAGGAGAUCAUCUAUAAUAUGAUGGUGGGCAUCGUGUACAUUUUCUGCUGGUUCAGUGUGAGAGAGGGACGUACUCGCUGCAGGAUGCUCAUCUACAGCCUGAGCGUGUUCAUCGAGAAUGUGGCGCUCACCACUGCCUGGUAUCUGUACCGCAGCCCUCGUACCUCAGACUUCUACGCCGUCAUCAUGGUGUGUGUGGUGGCCAGCAGCUACGCCCUGGGCACCUUCUUCAUGUUUGUGUACUACUGUCUGCUGCACCCUGACGGCCCCGUCUCAGGGUGGGGUUAUAUUGUGGAGAAGGAGGUGCCUGUGGAGUCGCUGGCCUCCCCAGCUUCCAGCCACCCCCCUGACCUGGUGAGCAGCCCGCCCAGGACCCUUCAGAGAACUAAAGGGUCUGACAGAGAGCAGGGGCCUGGGAUAGAUGGAGACGUGUUUCAGGUGCGACCACCUCGGGGGGCUCAGGCACCAGUGACCCCACUCACACCCAGGACAGAGGGGCCUGUCAUCCGAAUAGACCUGCCCAGGAAGAAGUACCCCGCCUGGGACGCCCACUUCAUCGACCGCCGGCUGCGUAAAACCAUCCUGGUGCUCGAAAGCGCUGCCCCGGUCACGCCAAGGAUUCAGUACCGCUGUCUGGGCACACCCAAAGAAGUGAUGGAGUACGAGACCACCGUGUGAAGUGCUGAUGGUGCUGUGACUCAGCUCGCUGCCGUGCGGACACCCUGCCUUAAAUAAUAUGGCAGGUGGAUGACUCUCACUGAGCAGUCUGUUGCAGCUCCACGCCUGCUUGAUUGCUCUCUGUACCGGAGACACACGGGCGGAGGAAGGGACGGCGUGUGGUGUCUUUAUUUUUUACAAAGGCAGAGUGCUGUGAUGUUGUCUAAUGAUGGUGCAUAUUUCGGUUUCUGUGUCAUUUUCUCAGGUCAGGGUGUUGGUACAGGCAGAGGUCGACUUUAGCGGCGAAGCUCGCUGUCCAGUGGACUCAGAGAGAAGCACAGGUGGGCAGAGAAGUGGAGCUGUACGAUUAUCAAUCAGAGGCAGAAAGUCCUCCUCAGUGAAGGUGCUUCAGCACAUCCUCUCAAGGCAGUCGACGACAGAGACGAGCCUUCAACAUGCAUGAUUAUUUAUGGCAGCUAGAACUGAAACGUCACCGAGCGAGACGUGAAGGAGCGAGUGGGAGAGGAGAUGGGAAACGCGCACUGUAAUUUUAAACACAAUCUACGAUAAGUACAACACAGGCACUGAUAAUCACAAUCAUGGUUUUCCAUAGCUAUUCACUCAUGUUGAAGGAGUCUCUGAGAAUGCUGCUUCAAAUCCGAAAGGGCGGUUCAAAAGCAACAUUUGAGCUGAAUGUAAAAAACAAAACAAAACAAAAUAAAAAAAAAACAGUUGAAAAUGUGAUUUAUUUGUGACAAGGCUUUUGAGCAUUUUUCAUGCUGUUAGUGAGAUUUACAACAUUCCUGUGGUACUAUAUUUGUUUUCUGAGGUAAGCUAGAACAAAAAAAAAAGAAAGAGAGACAGAGAGAUUUGUGUGUGUUUACAAGCAAACUGUUGUUUUUGGGACACGCCAUCACUAUUAUUCCAAGAAGAUGCACCUUCAUUCAGAAUGUGUACGUGCUGAACAAUAACUACAUUAUGAUUUACACUGACAUGUACGGGAUGUAUUCUACUGAUAGGACUCAACAGUUGUAUUUUCAUAUUGCAUCCAUCUCACACAGCGAUGGAAACAGGACAGACAUGAAUUUCCAUGUAAAUUGAACUGUACAAUGAAGAAGAAGUUUCAGCGGGACAGCAGUGUCUGUAAUUGUUCUGUAUCCAUACUUUGUUAUCUGGGGAAAGAAAUGGAAAAGAAAAAAAAAAAAGAUGGCCACAGACUCCAGACUCCUAACAGAAUAUCUUUGAUAUUGCCGAUGGUUAAGGCAUGCGGUACUUUUGCUAACGCUUUAGUUUACAGGUCUGUUAUUUCCGUAUAAUUUCCUCAAACCCUUCUUAGCAAGAAACAUUUAAUUUGGUAUUAGUUUUAGGGGUAAUAUAGCAACAACGUACAGCAUUGCUUAUUAAUUAUUGAAUAUCAAAUUAGUUGUUCAUUUCUGGAGGAAUUUCCUUGAAAGAACUGCUUUGUUUAAAUCCAAGAAAUGAUUUAUUACUCACACAUGCAUCGUUGGAAAUUUUAUUUUCCUCAUAUGUUGUAUUACCUGUAUGACCUGCCACAGGCCAACCACAAGAGUCAAGGUUACACUAGCUUAGCAUUUAAUUGGAACUGAUUAUUUGGUAUCUUGUAAGUUGAAUGCUGUCUGUAUUUUAAUUAUAAUCAGUGAUGAGAUGCAAAGUUCUUUCCAGGAAAUUAUGAAGAAUUUAUGGACCUGUAAAAUAAAGUGUCAGUGCACUUUCAUUUAUCAGGGUUGUUUUUCUAGAGCAUAGUCACAAGUGGGAAAUAUCUGAACUCUGUAUGUGUGUCUGUACGUGUUUGCGUGUAUGUGAGCUCACAUACCAGCAUGUGUAUGGGUGUA